AUGUGGAAGAGAAGCAUUAGAAAGAGAGUUCGGAAAGCACACUUCAGGAAAAGCAAAGGCCACCUCUUGGAGCAAUUGAUCUCAUCCAAUGAAAGUGCCACACAUAGCACUAAAAUAUUUUCAUUGGAUGAGUUGGAGAAGGCAACAACCAAUUUCGACUCCACGCACAUUCUAGGCCGUGGAGGGAAUGGCACCGUUUACAAGGGAAUCUUAUUAGAUCAACGUGUGGUGGCCAUAAAGAAGUCCAAAAUGGUAGAUCAAAGAGAGAUUGAUCAAUUCGUCAACGAGCUUGCAAUCGUGUCGCAAAUCAAUCAUCAAAACGUGGUAAAACUUUUUUGGUGUUGCCUUGAGUCGGAGAUGCAUUUGCUCGUGUAUGAGUUCAUCUCCAAUGGCACACUGUCUGAACAUCUUCAUGGUGACCAGGUGAGUGCUAGAUGCUUAUUAACAUCGGAUGAUCGUAUCAGAAUUGCUAGCGAGGCAGCAAGUGCACUUGCUUACCUCCAUUCCGCUGCUUCCAUACCAAUCUUUCACAGAGAUGUGACAUCCGCCAAUAUACUCUUGACUGAUAACCUCACUGCAAAGGUUGCAGACUUUGGUGCUUCGAGAUCCAUUUCCAUCGAUGAAACUUGUGUGGUCACUACAGUUCAGGGUACAUUUGGAUACUUGGAUCCUGAGUAUUACCGUACAGCCAGCUAA